CAAACCAAAAAAAAUACUCGUGUUGCUGUGGACUUGCGUGGUUGGCUAGAGAGAGAGAGAUUGGCGUGCAGCAAGGCAUUAAUAAGAGGGACAGAAGGUCGAAAAUGGAAUAAAGGAAAAUGAAAAGCAUGCUCUGGAAAUUGGAAUCAUUUGAGAGGAGGACAGUUGAGCAAUUAAAUCUCUGAGGCAACGACAGAUGAGCCUCAUUUACUCCUUCACUACUGGUAGUUGAGUAAUGAGUAGUGAGUGAACGUAGCUUAUUCCAAUGUCUACUCAUGAGUUAGCUUUCAGUAUAUACUAUAUAAAUACUAUUCGUACCCUCACUCAUUCACUGCACCGAUAGCCGCUCAUUCUCCCUUUCCUUCUUUCAAUGAAGGUUCAUUCUAAUGGCAUUGUGGUUGUGUUUGCCUUGUGCAUUGUACUUGCCAGUGGCUCGUUGGUAGCAAAGGUUAAGGAUGACAAGCAUUUGAUUCAUCCACCACAUUUCUUAGGGCCUGGGAUUAUCAAGAGAGGCUUUGAGCGUGGUGGACUUGGCUUCGGUGCUGGUGGAGGCCUUGGAGGCGGUGUAGGUGGUGGCAUUGGCGCGGGUGGUGGUUUAGGAGGUGGUGCCGGUGGUGGUCUAGGAGUUGGAGGCGGCAUUGGUGGAGGAGCCGGUGUUGGUGGCGGCAUUGGAGGUGGAGCUGGUGGUGGUUUAGGAAGUGGAGGUGGGCUAGGUCAUGGUGUUGGUGUUGGCAUUGGUGGUGGAGCUGGUGGUGGUUUAGGAGGUGGAGGUGGGCUAGGUCAUGGUGUUGGUGCUGGCAUUGGCGGUGGAGCUGGUGGUGGUUUAGGAGGUGGAGGUGGGCUAGGUCAUGGUGUUGGUGCUGGCAUUGGUGGUGGAGCUGGUGGUGGUUUAGGAGGUGGAGGUGGGCCAGGUCAUGGUGUUGGUGCUGGCAUUGGCGGUGGAGCUGGUGGUGGUUUAGGAGGUGGAGGUGGGCUAGGUCAUGGUGUUGGUGCUGGCAUUGGCGGUGGAGCUGGUGGUGGUUUAGGAGGUGGAGGUGGGCUAGGUCACGGUGUUGGUGCUGGCAUUGGCGGUGGAGCUGGUGGUGGUUUAGGAGGUGGAGGUGGGCUAGGUCACGGUGUUGGUGCUGGUAUUGCCGGUGGAGGUGGACUGGGUCACGGUAUAGGUGGCGGCAUUGGAGGUGGAGCGGGUGGUGGUGGUGGGCUAGGUAAUGGAGACGGUGGUGGCAUUGGCGGUGGAGCGGGUGGUGGUGGUGGUCUAGGUCAUGGUGUUGGUGGUGGCAUUGGUGGUGGUGGUGGCAUUGGUGGUGGUGGUGGCAUUGGUGGGGGUGCAGGUGGUGGUGGUGGCAUUGGAGGAGGAGGAGGAGCGGGACUCGGUGGUGGUGCAGGUGGAGGAGGUGGAUUUGGUGGUGGUGGUGGAGUUGGAGGUGGUGUAGGGGGCGGAGGAGGGUUUGGAGCUGGUGGUGGAGAUGGAAUAGGAGGAGGAGGAUUUGGCGGUGGUGGAGGAGGUGGAUUUGGUGGAGGUGGUGGCUUUGGAGCUAGUGGUGGUUUUGGUGGUGGCGGUGGUGCUGGAUUUGGUGGCGGAGUUGGUGGUGGCCACUAGGUUGAAUGUUGAUAUGAAUAUGGUAUCCACGAGUCAUUAUAUUCAAAUUGUUUUACUUCCAUCUGUUUCUGUUAAAAAGACAGUUAAUUAAUGGUAUAAUAUUAUUUCUGUUAAGUUAUAGUGGCUGCUAGGUCUUCUUGUUGGAAUUAAUUAUGCAUGGGAAACAAAGCUUUGUAACCUGUAAUGUCUCUCUCACUAUUAAUUGUUGCCAAUAAUAUAGUAGUAUUGUUUUUUUUAGUGC